AUGGGUGGCCACUCCUCCCCAGCCAGACCAGCAUUGUCCAGGGCCACCCACUCCUGGCCAGUGGCUGAAUUCUUGCUCCCUCCUCCAUCGCUCCCUGGGCCACUGUCUCUGCCACCUGCUUGGCUACAGGACACCCCUCAUUGUCUUUCUCCAAGUCCUUGUCCACACCCACCUUUCCUUCCUUCUCACCCCAAGAAACCGACCCAGAGCUCCUUCCUUUUCUGUCCCCAAAACGCACUUCACUCACAGACACACCGUCCCCAGGCGCAGUCCUCCUCAACUGCUCUACCUCCGUCUCUCCUCUUCCUUAGCCUGGGAAUGGUCAACAGCUCCUCCUACGGGCGACUUAAAGGAGGGAGGUAA